GGCGGGCAGCGGGGCAGCGGGGCCGUGCAUCAACUCUUACCCCCACCCCCGCCAGUGUCACCUCCACACCCUCCCCAGGACCUCCCGAGCGAGCGGGAGCUGGCGCCAGCAUCUGCUGCUUUCAACAAAGAGCAGAGGGACCCAGCGAAGUGCAGAGCUGGCGAGCAGUCGGCGAAAUUUCUACCGUGUUUACUAAACAACAAGAAAAGUCAAAGCCUUUGAGGAUUCGGAUCAAAGCGCCCGCUUCGUCUGCAGGGCGCAGGUUCUGAUCAACACUCCUGUUGCUGGAAAUACUCAUUGCAAAGUCUGACAGCGCUGACUUGGGAGGAUUGAAUUAGCCAGCGAGACUAUUUAAACGGGUGGCUUAUUUGAGGCUUGCACCGGCACUCCUGCCUUCUUCGCACCCCGGCUGGGGAGGGAUAUGUCGCUGUGAGCAUCGGGCAAGAGCUCAGCGCCGAGAAUGGAGCGGUUCCUGCGCGGGGUGUUCCUCGCAACCCUUUGCCAGUCGCUGCUGCUCGGGAGCUGCCGGGGCAUUGGCUCCAUCGACCACGAGAGAGGCAGGGAAGCCAAGUGCGAGGCGAUCGAGAUCCCCAUGUGCCUGGGGAUCGGGUACAACAUGACCAGGAUGCCCAACUACAUGGGUCACCAGAACCAGAGGGAAGCGGCGAUCAAGCUACACGAGUUCGCUCCGCUGGUCGAGUACGGCUGUCACGUCCACCUCCGGCUCUUCCUGUGCUCACUCUAUGCCCCCAUGUGCACUGACCAAGUGUCCACCUCCAUCCCCGCCUGCAGACCCAUGUGUGAGCAGGCGCGCCAGCGCUGCGCCCCUAUCAUGGCCCAGUUCAACUUCGGCUGGCCCGAGUCUCUGGACUGCACCAAGCUGCCCACCAGGAACGACCCCAAUGCCCUGUGCAUGGAAGCGCCCGAGAACGCCACCGGAGAGCCCCAGAAGGGGCAGGGCAUGCUGCCCGUGGCUCCCCGUGCCAGGAUGCCCGGGACUAGCGACGGCAGGGGCCAAGGCCCGCUCGGCUCCUGUGACAACCCCGACAAGUUCCAGUAUGUGGAGAAGAGCCUGACCUGCGCCCCCAAGUGCUCUCCUGGCGUGGAUGUCUACUGGUCCAAGGGGGACAAAGACUUUGCUUUCAUCUGGAUGGCGGUCUGGUCCACGCUGUGCUUCAUUUCCACUGCGUUCACCGUGCUGACAUUCCUGUUGGACGCUCACCGCUUCCAGUACCCCGAGAGGCCCAUCAUCUUCCUGUCCAUGUGCUACAACGUCUACUCGGUGGCAUUCAUCAUCCGCUCGGUGGCCGGGGCUGAGAACAUCGCCUGCGACCGCGAGAAUGGGGAGCUAUAUGUCAUCCAGGAGGGCCUGGAGAGCACAGGUUGCACCAUCGUGUUCCUCAUCCUGUAUUACUUCGGUAUGGCCAGCUCGCUGUGGUGGGUCAUCCUCACCUUGACAUGGUUCCUGGCAGCGGGCAAGAAGUGGGGCCACGAAGCCAUAGAGGCUCACAGCAGCUACUUCCACAUGGCUGCCUGGGGUGUGCCCGCCAUGAAGACCAUCAUUAUACUGACCAUGAGGAAGGUGGCAGGCGAUGAGUUGACUGGUCUUUGUUAUGUGGGCAGUAUGGACGUCAACGCACUGACGGGCUUCGUGCUCAUCCCACUGUCCUGUUACCUGGUGAUCGGGACCUCCUUCAUUCUAACCGGGUUCGUGGCUCUCUUCCACAUCCGCAAGAUCAUGAAGACCGGAGGCACCAACACAGAGAAGCUAGAGAAGUUGAUGGUGAAGAUUGGAGUCUUCUCCAUACUCUACACUGUCCCGGCCACGUGUGUCAUUGUCUGCUAUUUCUAUGAAAGGUUGAACAUGGAUUAUUGGAAAGUACUAGCCUCUGAGCAGCCUUGCCUGGUCUACCCCGGGAGAAGGACUAUGGACUGCACUUUGGACAUCUCCGUGCCGACGGUGGCUGUCUUCAUGCUGAAGAUCUUCAUGUCUCUGGUGGUGGGGAUCACCAGUGGGAUAUGGGUCUGGAGCUCAAAGACCCUGCAGACUUGGCAGAGUUUGUGCAGCAGGAAGCUGUCAGUGAGGACUCGAGGGAAGCCUUGCAGUGGGGUCAAUUGCUCUGCCAGCCAUUGCCACUACAAGGCACCUUCAGUCAUGGUCCACAUGAGCAAAACAGACCAUUACCUAGACAAUCCAACCCACGUGUAACCAAUACCAGGUCAAAGAAAACACUAGCAGAACAGUCAGCCCAGUACAUGGCUCAGGGACCAACUCCCUGGCCACAGUUUACUAGUUCUAAUAGUCACAUUACUGAUGCCUCUUAUCCUAUAGGAUUUGUAUAGGGCUCCUGUAAAGAUCCAAGUUAAGGCUUAAUUCCCAUUCUAAGACCUGUCUGUGUAGGAUACUGGGGGAAGCAGACUUUCAGAAAGACAUGGUGGCUGUUUUUCUUCCAACAUCUCCGCACCAGUCGACUGGGCGAAAAGUGACUCGUCCUCGACUCCGAACAGAUGGAUGGAAUAGUUCGGAUAUAUUGUGAGCUGACACUGGAUUUUUGUUUUGGUGGUAAGCUCAUCUGAAUUUCACUGUGCCAACUCUGUAAAAGGGGAAAAGGUUAUCAGAGUCUCUUUGCAGUCAUGCAGUUUAGAGCAGUCUCAUUUCCAAAAGGACACAGUGGAAUUGCUGGGGUAUAGUAUCAAAGUGUAACUAAAAUAGUAAAUAUUGAUCACGUUUUAAAUGUUAUUUUUUAAUCCUAAUAAUCUCUCACAUUCCCAAAGAUAAUUAUUUUUGACAAAUCCCUGGUAUUUUGCUGCAAAAUUCUCUUUGAAUAAACUGAAAGCUCCUUUUGGGGAGAUUAGAGCAGUGAGCAGCUGAUGAGAAGCAGGAUGCCCCAGGUUUAAUUACUAAUCUGUGCUGUCAGUUGUGGGCAGCAGGUGUGAGGAUAGGGAAAGGACUGCAGUUGGUUUCAGAGCUCCUGUAAGCGUGGAACAACCAGUCGCUGUUGCACUGCAGGUCACUUGACCCCUCCUGGAGGUGCGACUGUUUGCAUGGACCAAUGUGAUGUCCCCCUGUGUUUCAGUAACACCCUGACUCACUGUCAGUGAUAAUCAGUCAUGAGGAAUAGCUGUUUGUCCAAGUGAGUACAUGGGAGGGAGUGGCAGUGUUCUGGAUAUAAGUACCUACAGAGAGUACCAUAGUUACUGCAAAGGACAGAAAGAUAGCAAAAUUACUCGAUAAGCUAACUGAGAACCUUAUGGUUUGCCUACCAGGGCUUGUUUGGUUCUCCAGCCCAGCUGACAUCCACCCCAAAGCAAAAUAUCCAAUUUUAAAAUGUUUCUUUCCCCUACAUUUAAUACUUUCCAUAUAAACACUUCAUUCUUCCAACAAAAAUAUUUCCAACUUGCGUUUGCAUUUCAGCACAAGGGACUUUUAUACUUUUCAGUUUCUGUCUCAUUUUUUAAAAAAUAUUUAACCCUGUCGGGGAAGAAGGUGAAAUUAAUUGCAGUUGUUAAUGUAUCAUGUAAACAAUGCUGACCCAAGGUAUCCGCGAUAAGAGCUACUGGCCAACUUAAAAUGUUUCUGCAGUCUGUGAGUAAUAGCAGAAAUGCAGACUCACUUUAAAUCAGCAGAGUUCUGUUACUACUGAAACUCCCUUGUGCGUAGGUGUUUUAAUUUUUUUCCCCCAGAUGUUCCAUAUCGAGAUAUUCCAAACAAUGACAUUGAUUGGCAGUGGAUUAUGACAGGAGAUGUGUUCCUUCAGUUUUUCAGUCAUGGGUAACUUCUCCCAUUCCCUGAUCCCUCCCCCCCAAGAUCCUGGAAUGGGCCCCGACGGCCAAUAAUAUUGUUGCCUUACUGGGCCGUCCAACCUGGGCGGGGAGGAGUUUGAAGUUUGCCUUCUCUGAGCUGACAACUGAUCUCAACCACAGCAAUAGCUGUGUAGCACAGUUGAUCCUCGCUGGCCAGAGACAGACAAGGUAAAACACGUGGGCGACCCAGUUGCUGAAUCUGUCCAGCUGGGAGUAUCAUCAGAUAAGGAACUGAUGGUUCAGUUAUGUUAUCCUUCACAGUCAAAUUCCUUGCUGUCUAACUUUAAGUGUGGCUAAUUGAGCAAAAUAGAGACUGCAGUGGAGCAAAGCUCUGGUACCAGAAUUGAAGAGAGAUGAAGCUGAGAAAAUUAUUGGGAAAUCACUUUAAGAUGUAUGUCAAAAAUAACCAUGUGCCAUCUUUCACCCAGUUUUAUAAAUGUUUGUUACCUUCCUUAAAAAAUGCAAACGUGCCCGUCACAGCCUAUCUUUGUCCCAGAGCAGUAACUUAAGGUGUCUGAGCAGUUUAUUAAUCUCAGCUGUUGUGAGUAAAGGAUUAUUGUGAGGCCUUCACCCUGUCCGUGAGGGGUUAAUGAUGCAGCGUGCUAACAGUCUGUCCGCAUUGUUGGUCAGCCAUUUUUCAGAAGGAUGAUCGGCAGGCAAUAAGUGAGGAGUUAAAGUGGCUGGGGAGUUUAGUAAAGAACCUGUAAAACACAGGUCUUCUCACAGUGAGGGGAGAGGAGGGGAAAAUGGUGCCAGCUCAUAAUGGGCAGUGCCCUCCGUUCAGCUGGGGUCAAUACGUGUAAAACAGAGAGGCGGAAUUAUCAGCCUUAAAUUCUACCCUAAUCUUCCAACCCCUGAGUUUCCUAUUGUGCAAUAUAAUUCCUCAUGAAGGAAGUGAGAAGGGUGGGAACUCCUCCUUUACUUCUAUUCUUUGUGUAGGUAUCUCAUUGCACCUUGUAUUUUCUUUCGUAUAUAUGCUUUGUGUGUUAGUUGUAAUUUUUUUCCGCAGUGCUGCUACCCUCACCCCUCCCCACUUUGCUCAAGAGGAACGGAGCAAGGUGCACAGUUGAGCUGUGGGUGGGGGAGGGGGAGUCGUCGGAUUGCUCGGGAGAGUCGGUGGCAGUGUCAAUACAUCUUAUUGUCAGGAUCACACUGUGAGCUACAGAACGUCCUGCCACUGUGUGAAACUUCCUCCCAGCAAAGCUCUUACGCCAGAUGUCACUGCAUUUAUAUCGGGUGUUGAGGAGGGUCAGUGGGUAUCACGGGUUACUAAUACUUUUAUGUUUUACCUUCUCAUUAUCAAAAUAAGUGGAGAAUGCACCAGGUCUAGCAUCAGGUAGAGUUCAAAUAAAUCCUCAGCAUCAACUUUGCAGAGGGGCUCAGGGCUUUUCCUUCAAACUCUGUUCCCACCCUGUCUGAAACUUCCCUUCUGUGGUAAUGUCUCAUUCAGCCACCUCAGUUUAUCAGCACUGUCCUGUUAAACAGCCCAGUAAUUCAACAUUGGCCCUUUAAACAGCCCAGCACAUCAACAUUGUCCCAUUUAACAAUCCAAAACAUCAAUAUUGCUCCUUUAACAGCCCAGAACAUCAACACUGCCCCAUUAAACAGUCCAGAACGUCAACACUGCCCUGCUAAACAACCCAGAACAUCAACAAUCAACAAUGCCCCCUUAAACAGCCCGGAACAUCAACACUGCCCUGUUAAACAUCCUAGACAAAAAUGUUGCCCUUUAAACAACCCAGCACUUACCCACAAGACCAUCAAUUUAACUUUUGGUUCACAUUUUUGAGUGGCCUUCUCCUGUUUUGGGGAUUGAACCAUUUGCUGUUAAAUGGUAUCAGUACUGAGAUCCUCCAGUGAAUAUCUGGUGACCAAUACAAUAAUUAGACCCUUGGCCUAAAGGGGAUGGGCCUGCCAGCAGAAUAAUGCUCCAUGAUGUGGCAAUCCCAUCACAUUAAAUAUCUGAUGUAACGUGUACAAUUCUACUGAGAUCUGCUGGUCUAUUUGCAUUUUAGUUUUGAGUCGGCUGACGAGUAAUAUUUCUGAAUAAAGCAUCUUGGAGUUCAGAGGCUAUUAGAUCAAUGAUAUUGCAAUGAAUAAAUAGGUUUGGUGGCCUCAGCCUGGUGGUUGAUGAACAUCAGAAUUAUCAUCAGCAUGCCCCAGCCAAGGUGCAAGAAAUAAGCCCAAGUUGCCUCCCCUUGCUUGAUGAUUGGUUCCACAUCAGGGAAGCUGUUUUCUAGAGCUAGACUGGUUAGUCUGAAAAGUAGAACCAAGACUUCUGGUGCUACCAUGGCUCAGCUAGUAGAGUUCCUACCUCACGGCUCCAGCGACCUGGGUUCAAUCCUGACCUCCAGAGCUGUCUUGUGUGAAGAUUGUAGAUUCUCCCUCUGACUGCAUGGGUUUCCCCUGGGUGCUUUGAUUGUCAAAAAAUGUGCAGAUGGUAGGUGAAUUGGCCCUAGUGUGUAGUGAGUGAUGGAAUCCAGGGGUUGAUGGGAAUGUGGGGACAAUAAAAUGGGAUCAGUGCAGAAUGAGUGCUUGAUGGUCAGUGCGGACUUGGUGAGCUGAAAGGCCUGUUUCUCUGCUGUUCUCUCUAUGACUCUGUGAAUGAACUUAGGAGACACUUCCAUGCAGAAAAGCUGGCACACAUUUGGAAAUCCUGUGCAAGUGGCAAUUAAUGUUAGGGUGAUCGUUAAUUUAAAAUGUGAGUGAGAGAUUUAUUUGUUAAUUAAGGGAUAAGGGCCAAAUGCAGCUCCAUGUUCAGAAGCGGCUAUGAUCAGAAUGAAUCACAGAAGUGGCCUGAGGAGCUAAAGGCCUUCUCCAGGGAAGGGAAGUGGUGGCUCAGCUGCAAUGAUUCAUGAAGUAAAUAAUCUAUUGGCUUUUUAUUGUCCAGGCAAUGAGUGACAGUCUCUUGCACAGGAUAGCAGGACACUAAGUCUGAACCUAAUGAGUCAACACUUCCAGGCUAAAAGAAAGCAAAUUGGUCAAGGAAAAAGAAUCCUGGAUU